GCCCCCCUCCCUGCCCAGAGUGCCCCCAGCUGCUCCAGGGUGCCCCCAUCCACUCUAAGGUGUCCCCCUCCCUGCCCAGGUUGCUCCUCUGACAGCCCGAGCUUGCCUCUGUGCCUUGCCUCUCUGCUCUCCGGUUCCUCCCUAGAGCCAGGGGGCUGCUGUCGCCAUGCCUGCAACCCUGGGCCCUGCUGGGGUGAAGCCCCCAGUCCACGAGCAGAUCUCAGAGAUGCAGAAUAAGAUACAGCUCCUAGAGGGCGACCGGAAGGCUUUCUAUGAGAGCUCCCAGUGGACCAUCAAGAAGAACAAGGAGUCCAUCCUGUGGCUGCGGCAGGAGAACAAGAAGCUGCACAAGAAGCUGGCGGCCUUCGUAGCGGGCGAUGAGCAGAUCAUACAGGAGGUGUUCCGGGACCGGGCUGCCGAGAAGGCUUCCCUGAAAAAUAAAAGUGGAGAGGGCGCCAUCGAGUUCAUCAACCACCGGCUCUGCGAGAAGAUCAACCGGCUGAACGACCUGAAGCACCAGGUGGAGGUGAGGAAGCGGCUGCAGGGGGUCCAAGCUGCAGGAGGCCCGGGGUUUCCAGGAGGUAGAAGAAGGUGA